UCCAACACCAAACCAUGCAAUUGCUACUCAAACAUUACUCAACAUUGUUUGUGACCUUUCAUCUCUCUCUUUCUCUCUCUCUCUCUCUCUCUUUGGACUUUUAUCAAAUACUUACCUUGCAACCUGCAACCUGUAGCUGGCAACGAACUCCUCUUCGAAUUCAUGAGAAACUUUCGGUGUUGCUGAGUGUUUCUGUUUUCUGCCAUGGAUCCAAACCGCGUUAGGAACACCGAUUACAUAAACGCCUACGGAUUCGGCGACGAUGGUGGUGCUUUGCUUUCAGAUUUCAAUGAUUGGGAUCUACACGGACAAUACAAUCACCCUUUCGAUUUAACUCCAAGUAAUGCUUUUGAUCGGUUUGACGCCGACACAUUUGGCUUGCAUGCACAUGCGGUUUCGAAUUCCGGAAGCUCGGAGCCGUUUGUUCCACCCUCUUCCGCGAGCCGUGUGGAAAAAUCCAUGCCGGGUUCAGCUUUUGGGGCUGUGGCUUCUAUGCCGGAUCCUUCCGUGGAAGACACGGACUUUUCUGAAACGGUGAGGUACAUAAGCCAGAUUUUGUUGGAAGAGAAUUUUGAGGAUAAGCCUUGCAUGUGCUAUAAUCCUCUUAGCCUGCAAGAUACUGAGAAAUCGUUCUAUGAUGCCCUCAAUCAAGAAUUUCCCCUUUCCCCUAAUGAGCACCCUCUUGAUAUUCAUCAGAAUCUGGAGAGUCCUGAUGGUGUUAGUGCUGGAAGCUUCCCCACCGGUUCUUCUGGAGGUUGCAGCAAUAGCAACAGCAGUAGCACUAGCACUAGCAGUAGUGAGAACCAUUUAAGUUCUCAUGACUUCAAGACCCUUUCUCCAGAUACUCCUGUUUCCGGUGAUAGUUCUUUGCAGUUUGAUUCACAUUCGCAUUUGAUUUCGCAUGUGCCUUCUCAGCUUCACCUUCCUCAACAUGCUUUGACUAGUAUUGGUGAUGGGGUGUUUGAUUUGGAUCCUUCUGCAACGAAGCUCUUGGCUCAGAAUAUCUUUAGUAAUGCUGACUCUAUCUUGCAGUUCAAAAGAGGGUUGGAGGAAGCCAGUAAAUUUCUUCCCCCUGGGCCAAGGCUUUCCAUUGGCCUGGAGAGCAGUAGCAUGCAUGCAGAAGAGUCAAAGAGAAGGGUGGAGAAGGCUGCAGUGCCAGUGAUGGUGGAGAAUGAUGCUAAGGAGAGAUCAAACAGAGUUGUUGCUGGGCCAUAUCACAUAGUUCCAGCAACAACAAAAGCUGCAAAAAAUACAGCAGCGAGGAGUCUGGAUGGGGUGAAGAGUAGGAAGCAUCAUGCUCGCCAGGGCGAUGAUGGUGAAGAAGAAAGAUGCAACAAGCAAUCUGCGGUUAGUGUUGAGGAGGAAAGUGAAAUAUCUGAAAUGUUUGACAAGGUGCUGCUUAGUGUUGAAAAUGUCCCACUGUCUGCUGAACAGCAGGAUGGAUUGGUUGUGGAUACACAACUAAUUGAACAACCACAUUCAUCCGAGGGAGGGAGGAGUCGAUCCAAGAAAAAAGGCAGGAAGAAAGAAACUGUGGAUUUGAGAACUCUUUUGGUUCUGUGUGCCCAAGCUGUGUCUGCCAAUGACCAAAGGACUGCUAAUGAACUACUAAAGCAGAUCAGACAGCAUUCCUUGCCCUUCGGCGAUGCAUAUCAGAGGCUGGCUCGUUACUUUGCCGAUGGCCUGGAGGCACGCAUGGCUGGCACUGGCCCUGGAAUUCAUAUAUUCUAUGCCUCUCUCAGCUACAAGAAGUUCAGUGCUGCUGAUUUUCUCAAGGCCUACCAAGUUUUUAUAUCUGCUUGCCCUUUCAAGAAAUUUGCACAUUUCUUUUCAAAUAAGAUGGUUUUGAACAUAGCUGAGAAGGCAGAAACCCUUCAUAUUGUUGAUUUCGGUAUCCUGUAUGGUUUCCAGUGGCCAAUACUUAUCAAAUUUCUAGCCAAGAGAGAUGGAGGGCCUCCCAAGCUGCGGAUCACAGGAAUUGAGUAUCCCCAAGCUGGAUUUCGUCCCACAGAAAGAAUUGAGGAGACUGGACGUCGUCUAGCUAAAUAUUGCAAGCGUUUCAAUGUUCCGUUUGAGUACAAAGCCAUAGCAUCAAGACACUGGGAGACCAUUCAGAUUGAAGACCUUAACAUCAAGGACAAUGAGGUAGUUGCUGUGAACUGUCUGGUAAGGUUCAAGAAUUUACUUGAGGAGACGGUUGAAGUGAACAGUCCUAGAAAUGCAGUUUUGAAUUUAAUCAGGAGGAUAAACCCAGCUAUUUUUGCUCAGACAGUCGUAAAUGGUUCUUAUAAUGCCCCUUUCUUCCUCACACGCUUUCGGGAAGCACUGUUCCAUUAUUCUGCAAUUUACGAUAUGUUUGAUACUCUCAUACCCCGAAACAAUUCAUGGAGGUCGAUGCUUGAGAGAGAGUUUUUGGGUCGGGAGAUCAUGAACGUUGUAGCAUGUGAAGGUCUAGAAAGGGUUGAGAGGCCUGAAACAUACAAGCAGUGGCAGGCUAGGAAUUCAAGAGCUGGUUUUAGGCAGCUACCACUGGAUAAGGCGUUAAUGGCCAAAUUUAGGAGCAAGUUAAAGGAAUGGUACCAACACCACAAAGAUUUUGUUUUUGAUGAAGACAACAACUGGAUGCUUCAAGGUUGGAAGGGCCGGAUUUUGUAUGCCUCCUCUUGUUGGGUGCCAGCAUGAGAAUUAUUCUUGUUUCAGAAACUCAUGCUGGAUUAGAUGUAUGAUUCUAUGAAUCACUCCUAGUUCUUCCCCGUGUUUUGUUUUGUUCAGUAGUUAUUUGAUUUAUGUGAUGUAAUAAUGAUCGUAAGAAGCUUAUUAUGUUCUUCUAUGGUUUUAAGUUCUGAUAUAAUUAUGCUUUACUUGCUUAAUCCUCAAGUGUUGUGAUGAAUAUUCUUUCAAACGUUUCCACUGGUUCUUCUGCCGGAUACUUGUAGUGGACCUUCCCAGAAUUGGACGAGAUCCUACACUGCUUAGCAUGUUUGCUUGUAUGUAGCAAUCAAAAUGCUCUUCAGGAUUCUUUUUAACUCCCUAACCAACUUGUAUUAUAGUCAUUUCUCAUUUCGUAUGUUACAAAUAAAUUGGUGAAAUGUUUUUGUAGGAUA